GUUUCAUAUUCAGCUUUCCUUUAUCCCACUUGAAGUGAGCAAGUUAACAAGAAAAAAAAGAGUUGAGAGAAACUUAUCUCUGUUGAUAAAAAAAAAAAAAAAACUUCUCUAAUUACAAAGAAGGGAUAAGCAAAAGAAAGUGUUAAACAAAAAAAUGAGACCGUUGAGCGUUCGAUCGAUGUUGCAAGAAGUGGCCAUGCACACCACGUCAGCAUCACCGUCAUCUUCGGUGAUUCACCGAGCGGCGCCGCAAUCACCGUGGCAUUCGCCAAUUCCUUACCUCUUCGGCGGUUUAGCGGCGAUGAUUGGACUCAUCGCCUUUGCUCUUCUCAUCCUCGCCUGUUCUUACUGGCGUCUAUCUCCUUCCGGAGAAGAAGAUGGUCGGAACGGUGGAGCAGAGGACGAAGAGAAAGAGAGCCGGUCUGGGGACAAGGCGGAGAACGGAGCGUACGAGGAGAAGUUUCUGGUCAUAAUGGCGGGAGAAAACAUGCCGAGGUUUAUCGCCACGCCGGCGAUGAAGAAGUGUACGUGUGGGGCUCAUGAGGGUAAAAUGGUAGUUUCUCAGGAGGAUAAAGUUGUUGCCGGAGAGGAGAAGAAGUUGGGAGAAAAUGAAGAGAAAGUGAAAGAUACCGGAGAACCAACGACAAGCCACUAAGCUUUUUUUUUUUCUUACUUUCCUUUCCUUAAUUAAUGUUCUUUUUUUUUCUUUUUUGAGAGCUCUCUGGGAAAUUUUCCUUCAUAUGUUUACUAGGAACGUAAACUCUACUAGAGAGCAAAAUUUUGAGUUUUACUUGGUUUGUGAUGUUUUUAUCUUUUGCUAUACUAAAUACUUUAUUCCAGGUUUUGUA